GGAAAUGAGGUGGCAUGAAGAUAAGAUAGGGCUAGGGCUCCCCGUGACUGACCAUCGACUGACAAAAGGAUUCAUGUAAUCUUCAAUCAACAGGACCAGGACAAUACCAAUGACGGUCGGAAUAAGCAGCCUACAAUUUUGAUAUCUUCAGAGGGCUCUCUGCUGGACUAAGGACAUGGAGCAUCGGUCAUGCAUCACCAGCUACUAAGGCGUCCCAAAGCUCAGAGAAAUCUUCGAAGCGGAGAAUAUCUUUCGAGUCGAAUCACUCCCUGCGCCACAACACCAGCGUCGAGUCACUGCGCAAUCUGGAGCAUCUCUGGAUUUGGUAAUCUACGGAUGAUAUUGUCAAUGGACAUUGGCCUGAUGCUUAAUGCAAUGUGCAAUGCAGUUGGGCCACUGGCAGGAUACGCAAGGUGGGUCGAUGUUACACCCGUACUAGUGUGCACAUUAACAUUGCGCCCAAGCAGGAUCUUGAUUAUAUCUGCAUAUCCCCCCAUUGUGGCUAGAUGGAGAGAAGAUCCAGUCCAAGGAUUCCCCUCAAAAGGACCCCAAGGUGUCUCUCGGUCGGAGUUCAUGUCACCGUGGAAGCGUGCACAUCUACACUUUGUGAAAUCAAGUCUCUUACAAUAUCGAUGUGCCUCUUAAAGCAUGCAACAUGCAGCGGUCGCCAGCCGUGGAUAUCCGUUACUUCGGUUUUUGCACCAUGACUGAGCAAGAAAGAAGCUAGUUCGCAAUGGCCAUGCGUUGCUGCAUAUGAUAUUGCUGGGAUGUUGU